CUGCUGACCGAGUCGCGGGAGAAGCAGGCGGCCAUCCUGGAUGACAUAGCCGCACUCCGAGCCGAGGCCAGCGACCUCACCCGACUCCUCCAUGAGACGGUGGACAUUGGUCAGAGGCCCGACGAUGUGCCACUGAUCAUAUGGCAGCUGAAGCUGGACAAAAGCAUUGAGCAUCUGCGCGAGGAGCUCUCGAAACGUCGGGCGGAGAUCGGGGAGCUGCUGCUCCAGCAGGAGCAGCUCUGCGAAGAGCUGGGCGCACUGCCGCUCCCUCUACUGGCGGACCCGCUGCCCCUGCCCGAUGAGAUGGACGGCUUUCGCGACCAUCUCGACAACCUGCGCUCUCAGCGCGCAGUGCGCCAGACGGAGCUGGACCAGCUGCGCAAGGCCAUCAAGCAUGACAUGAAGAUGCUCGAGCUGAUGCCCCAGACCGAUGCAGAGGAUCGCCUACUGAACGAUCUGAGCCACAAUCUAACACCAGAGACACUAGAGCGGCUGCGGCAGAUGCGCAACAGUUAUGCCGAGCAGAUCCAGGAGCUGCGCUCCAAAAUCCAUGACAUGCGCGAGAAGAUCUACGUGCUGUGGGAUCGCCUCCAGGAGACGGACGAGAGCGCCAUGCGACGAGUGCGCGAGUGCACCGAGAAUACGCAGCGCACCUAUGACAUCCUCCAUUCGGAGCUGCAGCGCUGCCAGGCACUGCGCAGCCAGAACCUCAAGACGUUCAUCGAGCAGCUGCGCGUCGAGAUAAGCAAGUGGUGGGAUCUAACGCUCAAGAGCCAGCAGGAGCGCAAGCGUUUCUCCAACUACUACAAUAAGUAUUACAACGAAGACCUGUUGGAGCUGCACGAGCUGGAGCUGGAUGAUCUGAAGAGCUUCUACACGUGCAACAAGGAGAUUUUCGAUCUGUACGAGAGCCGUGCAGAACUUUGGUCCCGCAUGCAGGCUCUAGAGGCAAAGGCCAACGUGCCGAAUCGUUUCAAAAAUCGUGGCGGCCAGCUCCUUAAAGAGGAAAAGGAACGCAAGGCCAUCUCGAAGCUGCCCAAGAUUGAGCAGCAGAUCACUGAACUGGUGCACGCCUAUGAGGUGCAAUCGCAUGGCCCGUUUCUGGUUUAUGGCGAGAACAUACUGGAGCUGAUGGCUGGCGAAUGGGAGAACUAUCGGCAGGCCAAGCAGAGCUCGGCCCGCUCAAUGUCGACCUCGACAAUGUCGUUGCGUAAGACCCCAACAAUCCAGAUAAUCACUCCCAAUAUGACCAAGAGCACUGGGAAUCUGCACAAGCGACUAAAUCCAUCAGCAGCCGCCAGCUCUUCGGGGUAUCGGCUGGCCAACAGCCAGCUGAAGGCGUCCAAGUCGCCACUAAGGCGGGUCCGCGUCCUGGACAACACAUUGCGUCGCAGCGGGGGAUUGGGCAGACGCAGCCUUGGCACACGCUCGAAAAAGAAGCCACGCACAAAAUCAGCGGUGCCGGAUACAAGAUCGCCCAGCGAUUCCGAGUAUAUGACCGAUGAGACCACUGAAAAUGACCGCGAAGCCGGGAUCUCCUAUGACGAAUUUGUGCCCACGAGUCGCUCCUCAGUGCUGCCCGUCGGCGGGCUCAGCAUCAGCGCAAUCGCGUGGCUGUGCCACGAAUUCGCCAUGUCCUCGUAA